UGAGAAUGUCCUGGAAACAAGUCUGGUGAACCUUUGUUGCAUUCCUGAUCUUUCACCAGGACCCAAAUACAAUGAUUGGCCUCGAUGCUCAGCUCCCCGCCAAGUGUCCAACACCACAUGACUGCUCAACACACUUACUUGGAUGCUAUAGAAGAGUCCAUCUGUCAGCUAUCGGAGAUAGACACGACUCGGGGAGUAGCCCUUGCUCAACAAGAGACUGUGUCGUUGGCUCAGAUCCUAAAGGCCCAACAGCAGAGACAUGAGCACGACAUAGCCCUGCUGAAGCUGAAGGCCGAGCAGGAAGCUGCUGCAAGUCAGAGGCAGCUAGAGGAGGCCAGACAGAAAGCUGUACAGGUACUUGAACAUGUAACAGGUGUCUGGAAAUGCAAGGAAUUCAGUGUUGACUGCUUCUCACCGUGCAAUAAGAACAAACAAAUUAUAUUUAUAAAGUACCUUUAACAUUGAAGCCA